GUUACUAUGACGUUGUAGUUAUGCGACGGAUACACACGACUCUUUUAGAAGCUGAAGCCUAACUCCACGCCGUACUAGUCUACUACUGUCUGUACCGAGUAAUUUCUGGAAUAUUUGUAGCUGGCUAACUGGGUCUCCCCCACAAUACAUACUAGAGGCCUGGACCUCCUUGAAAAUGACAGACACAAAGAGGCUUGCCUUCUCAAUCAUCCAGUUUCUUCACGAUCAAUUUCACUCUGGGAAUUUAUCAUCAGAUGCCCAGGAAAGUCUAGAGGUUGCUGUCCAAUGUCUGGAAACAGCCUUUGAGGUCUCAACGGAGGAUCAGAGUCUAGCUGUUACGCAAACUUUACCUGAGAUUUUUGCCUCUGCCACACCUAAGCAGCCACACAUCCCCCAGGUUAAAAUAAACACAAAAACAGAUGCCCCCACUGAAGAGGAAGUGGCAGAGGCCGAAAGACUCAAAACUGAUGGUAAUGACCAAAUGAAGGUAGAGAACUUUGGUGCAGCAGUGGAAUUUUACUCCAAGGCUAUUGCUGUAAAUCCACAAAACGCUGUUUACUACUGCAACAGGGCUGCUGCAUACAGCAAAAUUGGUAACUAUGCUGGAGCUGUGCAGGACUGUGAACUCGCCAUAGGGAUUGACCCAAAUUACAGCAAAGCAUAUGGAAGAAUGGGAUUGGCUCUAGCCAGUUUAAACAAACACACAGAAGCUGUGAGCUACUACAAGAAAGCCCUGGAGUUGGACCCAGACAAUGACACCUAUAAAUCAAACCUGAAGAUAGCUGAGCAAAAAAUGGAGACCCCCAGCCCAACAGGGGGAAUGGGAGGCGUAGAUCUGGCUGGUUUGCUCAGUAACCCUGGCUUCAUGAAUAUGGCAUCCAAUUUGAUGAACAACCCACAAGUGCAACAGCUGAUGUCUGGCAUGAUGUCAGGUGCUUAUGGUCCAAUGGCUGGUGCCGCAGCCCCUGGAGUUGGGGCAACAGCAGGCAUGGGGGCAACACCAGGAGCCGAAGUUGUAGCAGGAGCAGGGGGUGCAAGCACUGGUGAUAUCUCUGGUCUCAUCCAAGCGGGUCAACAGUUUGCACAACAAAUGCAACAACAGAAUCCCGAGCUCAUUGAGCAGCUGAGGAGUCAAAUUCGCAGUCGACCGCCAAGUGCAAGUAACGAGGAACAACCUUGAUACUUACAGACGAAAACCUGUGGGGAAAGUGAAGACGGGCUAUCCUUUUAUAUGAUUUGUAUUACUCUCUCUGCUCCAUGGACAAUAAAGCUUUUCAUCGAUGAAUGCAUGCGUGGCCAUCUUCCACUUCUGACUCGAAGGAGAAUGAUCAUUGUGACUCAACAAUAAAGGCAACAUUUGUUAUUGUAUUGUCUUCAAUGGACCUCAGAACUAUCAAACGUUCAGGAAGUUUUAUGAAACAGUUGAGCCUCUCUUGUAAUGCAAAGUCAUACCAGUGUAGCAAAUGGUUGUAAUGUUUAAUGUUACUAACCGUCAUCCGAGCUGUCUAACUGAAUCCUGACUCCAGUGUACUAAAAUGCAGUUUACUAGAACAAUUAAACUUUUGCGUGUGGAGGUUCGCAUCACUACCUUUAUGGAUCACAAGGAUUGUUUGAAAAUAAAUUAUUGAACUGGUAGUAAUAUAAGAUAUGUAGAGUAUUGUCAAAAAUAAAUAACGUUCAGUGGAGCCUUUAAAAUA